AUGGACGCACAGUUCCAAAACAGUUCCGAUAUUGGAUCGUGUUUAUCAAAUCUCAUCUUAUCAACUACAACAAACACACUUGACUCUAUUUUCUCUGAUAUUCCAUCGACAAACAGCACUACCGACAACAAUAACAACAACUUCUUCGGUUCUUCGAAUCAUGAACCCUUAGGUUCGUCUGUUUAUCUUCGUCAAAGAGACAUUCUUCAAAAAUUCUACGAAGAAACUCGAUUAACCACUUCUUUCUUUCCAUCUUCAUUUUCAAACAACACUUUAUACACAACAACAACAACAACAACAAAUUCAAGUGUGAGCGCAAGUUCGAGUUUGUUCACUUCUUUGGUGAACAACCCUUUGAAGAAAAAGCUAUACAGAGGAGUGAGACAGAGACACUGGGGAAAAUGGGUUGCUGAGAUUCGACUUCCUCAGAACAGAAUGAGAGUUUGGCUUGGAACUUACGAAACCGCUGAAGCUGCUGCUUAUGCUUAUGAUCGUGCAGCCUAUAAGCUUCGAGGCGAAUACGCGCGUUUGAAUUUCCCGAAUUUGAAAGAUCCAACUAAGCUUGGAUUCGGAGAUUCUACUAAGUUGAAUGCUUUGAAGAGUGCUGUGGAUGCUAAGAUUCAAGCUAUUUGUCAGAAGGUGAAAAGGGAAAAAGCUAAGAAGAUUGCAGCAAAGAAGAUGAAGAAAGAGAGUGAUGAUAGUAAGAAGAACAAGGAGUUAGAGAAGAUUAACUCCUCUUCUUGUUCUUCUUCUUCCUCUUCGUUACCGUUAUCGCCUUCCAUUUUCUAUGAAGAUUGGGUGAAUGAGUUCUUUUCGCCUAAUGUUUCUGAUGACGGAGUUUCGAAGGGGGAGAAUUCGAAUUCCCCGAAUUCUGUUUCGACAAUGGUGACAGAGGAAACAGCGUUUGAUGAUUGUUCAUUGGCAAGAAUGCCAUCUUUUGAUCCUGAGUUGAUUUGGGAAAUUCUUGCUAUAUAG